CGGCUGUCCGAGUCGUAAAUGCACCAUGCUGUGCCCUACCAUACUAACUUAACGCCAUUAACACAACUGUGGUAAGGCGGCCGACAAUGGGUCCAGAAUCUUGCAGGAUGCUUGGCGGCAAGUGCUCUGCUGCCGACUGCGACGUGGUUUUUUCUACUGUUUUAUCACGAGAUUCAUGAGAGCAUGAGAAGGAUCAACUGAGAUUAUCCCACACCACUCAGUCCUGAUCAGGAAGUGGGCGUAUGCUGAAGAGACCAACAAGAGCCUCGCAAUGCGGAAUUCCUUUUUCGCCCUUUGCGGCCUUGCAGCUUUGCACACUGUGGGUGCUGCAGCUGACGUUGUCAAGGGAAAGGUCUUUGACAGAUUCAUCACCAUUUGGCUUGAGAAUCAGGACUUUGCCAAGGUUGCGGUAGACAAAAACAUUGCCGACUUGAAGAAGCAGGGAGUCCUGCUCUCGAGAUACUAUGCGCAAACACACCCAAGCCAGCCAAACUAUCUCGCUGCCAUUGCCGGUGACUAUUUCGGACUCAACCAUGACUACGAAGUCAGAGUUCCGGAGAAUGUAUCAACGGUAGUUGACCUGCUCGAUACCCGUGGCAUCUCAUGGGGCGGAUACUUUGAGGACAUGCCCGGCCCCGGCUUCAUGGGUAACUACAGCGAUGGUUCCACGCACAACGGCGGGUGGGAUUAUGUCCGCAAGCACAAUCCCUUUGUGUCGUUUGACAGCGUCACGGCCAACGGAACGCGUCUGCUCUGCUUGCAGUCUUUUAACGAAUUCCACGACGCCUUUGUGGCCAAGCGAGUGCCGCAAUUUGUGUUUAUGUCGCCCAACAUGAUGCACGACGGACACAACACGUCGCUUGAGACGGCAACCGAGUGGUCGCAUGAGUUCUUGAAGCCCUUGUUGGACGACAAGGCCUUUGACGAGCGGACGCUCAUCCUGCUCACGUUCGACGAGUCCGAGAACUACGGGGAGCCGAACCACAUUGUCUCCCUGCUGCUGGGCAAUGCCGUCCCCAAGGAGCUCAGGGGCACACAGGACGACACCUUUUACACGCACUACAGCAUCCUGUCUUCGGUGCAAAACAACUGGGGACUGCCCCAUCUGGGUAGGUACGACGUCGGAGCCAAUGUGUUCCGAUUCGCGGCGGAGACGGCCAGGUACGGAGGGAACAGGGACCCGACGAACCUGGCGACACUCAACAACUCGUUGUCUUAUCCGGGCUUCCUGAACAACGGAAGUUGGUUGCCCAUCCCGAUCCCGAAUUGGAGGCUCGCGGGUGCCGGUGGAAAGGGUGCCUUGCCAGCGGUUGAGAAGACGUGGCAUAUUGAAGAUGGAGUGCCGUGGAAUACGCCGUAUGAUGGGAGCGGGAAGGUGUUUGAUGGAGACAAGAACAUGCCUAUUUACAAGCCAGCCGUGGCGAACUGAGAUGGCUACGCUCUAUGAUCUCUGCCCAGGAUCUCUACCCCCAUGCCAUGGUGAGCUGCACUUGCCGUUCACGUUGUUAAAGUUGUUGCACCUUCCACAGCGCUGCAGAUGUCUUACCGCUGAAGGCAGGCAACCUCUCUACUGAAGCAGUGAAACAGGAAAGUUAUAAGCAAAUAGGGAAAGAGUGAUGAUGGAUCUGACCCUCAAAAUUUCCACCAUGGGGUCCAUCACACUACCAGGAAGGUACUCAGUCUCGUCCAGUCACUGAACCUAAAGUUCUCUCCUUUCACGUAGGUAGUAAUCCAAUCACAGGUCCAGUCUUAUCCAGACCUAGUCGCACAGUUGAUUCGGCACCUGCCCCUGGGCUUGAGGAACCUUGAACCCCUCCCCA